AUGGAGGCCCCAGAGACACCUCUCUUGGGCUCUUCGCGGCAAGCCGGGCAUGGAACUUUCGAGCCCUCCCUCGGGCUCUCCUCCGGCGAGGCUGCACAGAGACGUGCCGAGGACGGCCCUAAUCAGCUGGACCCGCCGCCCAAGGAAGGUCUGCUCCUGAUCUUCGUCCGGCAAACGCAGAGUGUGGUUUUCCUGCUCACAUCCCUGGCUGCUGCGGUCUCCUACAGCUGCGGCGAUCGGCACAAGGCCAUGAUUCUGAUCACGGUCGUGGUCUUCGUGUGCUUGCUGAAUACGUUCGGUGAGUACACCAGCCAAGAUGCUGGCUCGGCCCUCUGCAAGAUGGGCAAGCUUCAGACUAGAAGGGCCAUCGCAUGA